CCAAUCCGGAUCCAACCUUCAGUCGGCGCCUUCAAGUUCCGUGUGGCCACUUCCGAUCCGUUCCGGAAGUCGCUCAGUGGAGCCAAAUUUGAAGCAAACGGAGACGUCUAGGCGCAGCCACGAAGCUGGACCGGUCGCGGCUUCCUUGGAUACCUGCGCCUGUUGAGACCAGUCAUCAUGCCCAUUCGUGCGCUGUGCACCAUCUGCUCCGACUUCUUCGACCACUCCCGUGACGUGGCCGCCAUCCACUGCGGCCAUACCUUCCACUUACAGUGCCUAAUUCAGUGGUUCGAGACAGCACCAAGUCGGACCUGCCCACAGUGCCGAAUCCAGGUCGGCAAAAGAACCAUUAUCAAUAAGCUCUUCUUUGACCUUGCCCAAGAGGAGGAGAGUGUCUUAGAUGCAGAAUUCUUAAAGAAUGAACUGGAUAAUACUAGAGCCCUGCUUUCCCAGAAAGAGAAGGAAAAACGAGACAGCCAGGUCAUCAUUGACACUCUGCGGGACACGCUGGAAGAGCGCAAUGCCACUGUGGAGUCCCUGCAGAAGGCCUUAGACAAGGCCGAGAUGCUGUGCUCCACCCUCAAGAAGCAGAUGAAGUACUUGGAGCAACAGCAGGAUGAGACCAAACAAGCACGGGAGGAGGCCCGCCGACUCCGGAGCAAGAUGAAGACUAUGGAGCGGAUUGAGCUCCUACUCCAGAGCCAGCGGCCCGAGGUGGAGGAGAUGAUCCGAGACAUGGGUGUGGGACAGUCAGCAGUGGAGCAACUGGCUGUGUACUGCGUAUCCCUCAAGAAAGAGUAUGAGAAUCUAAAAGAGGCACGGAAGGCUUCAGGAGAGCUAACUGACAAGCUGAAGAAGGACUUGUUUUCUUCCAGAAACAAGUUGCAGACAGUCUGCUCUGAACUGGACCAGGCCAAGUUGGAGCUAAAGUCGGCCCAGAAGGACUUACAGAGUGCUGACAAGGAAAUUGUGAGCCUGAAAAAAAAGCUAACGGUGCUGCAGGAAACCCUGAACCUGCCGCCAGUAGACAGUGAGACUGUCAACCGCCUGGUUUUUGAGAGUCCAGCUCCUGUGGAGAUGCUGAACCUGAAGCUUCGCCGGCCAGCCUUCGGUGAUGAUAUUGACCUCAACGCCACCUUUAAUGUGGACACCCCCCCAGGCCAGCCUUCCAGCACCCAGCAUGGCCAUGCCAAGAGGCUUUUCCCAGAGAAGUCACAUUCUCCUGUUCAUGAUGUUUUCAAGAAGAUCCCCAAAGGCUCUAAGAAGGAGUCCCAGCUCUCACUGGGUGGCCAGCGCUGUCUGGGAGAGCCUGAUGAGGAGCUGGCUGGUGCCUUUCCUGUCUUCAUCCGGAAUGCUGUCCUGGGCCAGAAACAGCCCAAGAGGGCCAGGGCGGAGCCCUGUCGCAGCACAGAUGCAGUAAGGACAGGCUUUGAUGGGCUUGGAGGCCGGACAAAAUUCAUCCAGCCUACUGACACUACUCUGAUCCGCCCAUUGCCCAUUAAGCCCAAGCCCAAGGCCAGGGCUAAGCAGAGAGUGGGCACCAAGACAGUACUCUCUCCCUCCCAGGCCAAGUUGGACACCUUCCUGUGGCAGUGAGAACAGUGAGUCUGAUCAGUGUCCAGAUAUAUGUCUCUGACUUGUAGGCUGAGGACUGGUAACUAGCUCAGCACAGGGUUUGCGGGGCACAGCCCCUCUUCCAGGACCUGCCCUGAGGACGAGGAUAAACAAGAAGAUGGGAGUGAAGUUGAGGUCCAGAAACUGCUUUUCCUGCACACGCCCUGCCCCGCUCCCUAUCACACUGGGCCUACCUAUGGGAGUGGAUGUGAUCACCUCACUGUUCCUGACAGCAGGGCUUGCUCCAUGUUCCAGGCUCCCAUUUAUAGCCAUGAUCAGAGGUGGCUGGGCUGCUUCUGGCCCUCCAGACCAGGGUCUUUUGUCGACUCUAGGGACCAAAGUGCUUGAGGCUUCUCAGGCAGCUUCAGCCUGCCCAAGCUUCUGCCUGCCUCUGACUUGCUGCUCAGCAUGGCCUGGGCCAAGCAGGGCAGGGAAUAGGGGAUGGUG